AGUCAUGACAAGUUAAGAGAAACACGCUAACUCAAAUCCAGCCGUGGUCAAAAAAAGAGAAAGAGAUCGCGAUUGUGGAUCGAUAUUGGCACUAUGGGCUGUCGCCAUUCAACUCCAACAGAGAUAACUGAAAACGAGGCCGUUGAAGAAAUGGCGGAUGGUUUCUGUGAUCCGGCACCGCCAGCCCCGACGGAUUCGCGGCUGCCUCUUUCAGCUUUGCAAGUUUUUAAAUUGAAAAAAUCUUGGAAGGGGAUAAAACGAUCUUUAGAACCAACAGGAAUAGAAAUGUUCGUCAGAAUGUUUAAAGCGAAUCGAGGGUUGCAAUCUCUAUUUAGCAGUUUUAAAGAUCUGAAGACAUCGGAUGAAUUAAGAGUUAACGAAGCAUUGGAAAAACACGCGGGAAUAGUAAUGGGAGUAUUGGAUGAAUGUAUAUCAAAUAUAGACAAUGUAGAUUAUAUUCUGGAUAUUCUUACUAAAACGGGAGCUACACAUAAAAACUUUCCUGGUUUCACAGCCGAAUUUUUUUGGGAAAUAGAGACACCAUUUUUAGAAUCUGUAAAAUUAACUCUAGGCGAUCGUUAUACGGACAAUAUGGACUCUAUUUAUAAAAUAACAAUAAAAUUGAUUCUGGAAAAUUUGGUGAAAGGCAUAAAAGAGUCGUGAUAAUCAUAUCUUGGAUGGUGUUAAUUAAUCCAGGAUUUGGUGCGGGGGAAAAGUUGAAAUCCGGACAUGUCUGACUAAUUCUCCUCAGACAACGAUAUCAGAUGCAACUUGUCGGUUCAGCAUAUCGGCAAUAUAGCAUGGACUCCCACACAAUACUCUGGGUUUGAGAUGAAUGAAUUUAUAUACGGGAAUAAUAGAUGUAUAUUAUAUAUAUAUACUAAAUAUGAGUAUUUAUUUAUAGUGACUGUCUCAAAAUAUUUUGAAAUAUUUAUUUAAAUUGAAUAUAAUAGUUUUUUAAUGGAAAGGAUUUCGUUUCGUUCUAUCAUAUCAUGUACACUGUUUGUGAUAUUUCUUUUCGUGUGGAAAUUGGCCAGCGUGUAAUCUGGCGUAGACUUUGUAAUAUUUCACUGGAUGAGUUCGAUUCGUGUUUUGAAACAUAACUGAUAAAUUAACAAAAUUAGAAAAAUAUUUAGAAAUUAAUCGACCCCUGUCAUUUGUAUAAAAGUAAAUGUAUUAUAAUGUGCUGUGUGGAAUAUUUGGACCAGGAACUGCCUGAAAGCGCUGCUCAUCUUGUUGUUCUUCCCUUUUGUGGUGACACUCUUCGGAAGAACCCAAGGCUCCACCAAUUUGAGUGCGAUCGACAUGAAACUUGGCAUUAUAUUGUUUCUUGGACAAUUGCGCAUCAAUAUUUGACGUCUCAAUUCUGAGAUGGCUGUAAUAAACUCGAUGCUCAGUUCCUGGUCCAUAUUAUACGCCCAUACUUCUUAUUAAUAUUAUGUAUCUUUGUUUUAUAAUUUGACGUCCAUAACCUCUUUGUAUGUGAUCACAUAAGGUGGGUGAGCUUGUUACGUCUUUCUACAUUCUCCCGUGAAAGGUACCAUAUGGCAGUUUGAUGUUUUCAUCAUUUGUCCCGGACUGUAACAUGAAGUCAUUGAACGAUAUACCUAACAUUUAUGUGUGGAAAACGUAAAUCGGGCUUGGCGAUGGGAUUCUUUCUUUGGAAAUAUUAAUUAUCUCUGAAUAUACUUUUAUUUAUAUGUUAAUGAUGUGCAUUGUAUAAUAUUGCAAGAAAAAUUUCAAUAUGUCAUUUUUGUAAAGAUUUAGAUAUAAAGUAGGAGAAAGUGGUUCAAUAGCCAAA